AUGGAGAAAUGUCUUCAAUCUGGAAAAGCUAAAGCAUACAAAACACUCAAAGUCUCGCUCAAAAAACCCAGAGGCCCAACUAGAAAAGCUUCCACAGCACCACCCAGUCCAGCUAUGUCAGAAACUCUUUUUACACCAGAUCCAUCCAAUCACAAUACAUCCUCACUGGCAGACAAUAUCACUUAUUACUUAUCCUUAUGGCCGAAACUGGAAGUGAAAUUUGACAUCAUCCAACACACUAUUGAGGACAUGGUAAGCAAAGUAGCAGCCAACACCUCCAGGCUUGA